AUGCAUGAAAGUUAUGUUGCACCUGCUCCCACUCCUACUGUUAUUCCGGAGCUUAAACUUCGCUUCAAGUGUAACGUUCGAAGUGAGAGUUCUAGCGGCAACAAGAAUGUCUUCGACCUCAACGGCGUAGGUGGCCAGAACCCUCCUGUGCAAGCUUGGAACUCCAACCGGAUCUGGGAGAUCUUCUCAGUCCCUGGCUCAAACACCCGCAUCAUCAUCAAAAACGCGGGCAACAGUUUUGUCCUCUUUUCAGCUGGUAAGCACACAAUUCCACGAACAGAAGCAAUCAAUUACGAAGAAGAUAGGACACGGAAAGACUGUCAAUGGGAUCUUCAGGACGCGACGGUCGAAAAUGUCACUGACAGAACUCAAGUCCGAUUCCGAAAUGCUAAGGACGGGACGUACCUUGAUCUUUCUAGUGAAAACACUGCUAACGGCACGGCUUUUUUGACCUGGAAGGACGGACACGGUGGUGCAAACCAGGCUUUCAAGCUUUGGAAGCACUAG